CAGACACAACACUUGGUCGCUAAUCAAAACAGUGCUUCACACACUCGCCGUGCAAAUGUUUGAUACAAAUGAUUGACUAUUAUGUGAAAUUUAAUAAAACAUGUUCAAAUUAGUGUUGCAUUGUACCGUGCUGGUGAUAUGUGUUCAAUUUUGUCGAGGUCAAGAUUUCGAUUCUUCCAGCCCUGAAGACUACGAAUACUACGAUGACCAAGACAAUAGUGAUCUACACACCUACGUGCCCUCGUAUUUAAACACACCGGAUUUACAGACGUCCGACAUACCUCAAAACUUACAAGAAAAUUUACCUCAGUACAAUUACAAAAAUUUAAAUUAUAACAAUUUGUAUACGAACAUUCCCACAACUCACCGUCCAAAUUAUACAAAUUUAUUUAUUAAUAAGCUUAAUUUUAGUAGAGAGACUCUUUUGAAUGAACCCGAAAAGACUGCACCUUCGGUGAGUUUGGAUGACUCCAAGGAGGUGGAUGAUAAACUAUUUGAAGAGUUAAUCGCCGACAAAGAGCUGCAAAACAUCAUCCACAACAAUCAAAGGAGGGAAAAUGACUCCAAAGAAUACAGUGAUGAAGAAGAAGAGGAUGAGGAAGACUACAUUGAUUCGACCACCCUCACACCAGACCCCCAGUUUAAAUCGGUGAUUUCUGUAGUGACGACGAAAAGUGUUAUCAAUAAUACGGUUAUUCCUCAGUUUGUUACUCCAAGUGGUGUUUUGGAGCCUAUUGAAACGUCCCAAGAGGACACCACUGACAACUGGGUGGUACUGGGAUCCAUACAAACUAGUAAAAGUGUUUCUGAGGCCAGAUUUGGUGAGACAAACAACGAAACUCUUGAUUAUUCCGAAGAGGAAACCACGACUGAAGAUAUUGAAACCACUAUACCCCCAAUCACAAAAGACAAAUCCAAAUCUUCUACUGAAAGUCUUUUAGACAAAUUAGAUAGAGUGCAGUCAGACCUUUCCAGCAGAUUGUUGUCUGCUGAUUUUAAAGAUAUCAAAAACAACAUUACUAUUAUUCGAGAGAAUGAAGGGGAGAAUAAUCACGGUGAGGUGGAUGAAGUAGAAACAACAACUAGUAAGAGUGUUGAAAAUAGUUUCAAGUUUCCAACGAUUAGACCUACAACAACUACUACAAAAGCCACUGUUAAAACUACACAUUUCACUCUUAAACCUAAACCAACUAGGAGGAAACCUGUCAGUGAGGAGCAGUAUCGGAAAGCAUUGCGUGCCUCCACCACAACAGUGAGGACCACCACAACAACCAUCAACCCCACCAAAUUUGAGAACCUGUUCAAAAACAGUCAAGAUGACAUCAGUGCCUUUUUGCCACCUGGUUAUAAGUUAAGCUCUACUACUCCCAGUACUACCACUACUACUGAAACUCCUAAAAUAGUUAACAAACUGGAGAGUUUAUUCAAGGAUACUCAACCUGAUGAUAUUAGUGCUUUCUUGCCGCCAGGUUAUAAAUUGAAACCUUCCAGUAGUACCACUGAAGCUACAUCUACUACUACUAAAAUUAGUAAAUUAGAAAAUUUGUUUAAGGACUCUCAACCUGAUGAUAUUAGCGCAUUUUUGCCGCCAGGCUUUAAAUUGUCGUCGACGACUGAAGCCACCACAACCAAAAAGACAAUCAAACCUAAAAAUCAACUCGAAAAUUUGUUUAAAGACAGUCAACCUGAUGACAUAAGUGCAUUUUUGCCACCCGGCUUUAAACUUAUAACCGAACUGUCAACCAGUUCUUCCAGUACUACGGUUAAACCUAAAGACAAGUUGGAAAGUUUGUUUAAGGAGGCAAAAACAGACGACCUUAGUGCUUUGUUACCGCCAGGUUAUAAGUUGAAACCAUCUACAACAACCACCACGGAAAAAUCUAAAGUACAGCUCCUCCUCGAGCAGUCGCAACCCGAUGAUAUCAGUGCCUUGCUACCGCCUGGUUAUAAGAAACCUUCGGCAAGCGCCCCGAAGAAGGAUUCCAAGGAGGACAUAUUUAAGAACGCCAAAACCGACGACAUAAGUGCUUUCCUUCCGCCAGGCUACAAACUCAGGUCGUACUCAUCAACGACAACCGAACCGACAGCGCCGACGGAACCUUCCAGCACCACUGCCAGCUCCAGUACUGCCGCCUCAAGUGCCGGCGGUGCGAAACCGGUGAAAAUAGUGUUCCCGACCAGACCAGGAAAGAAGAACUCCCGCACGACGACGACCAGUCGCAGCAAUGCCAAUUCCGAGUCCCGCAGCGUGACACCGCCCACCAUCCACAUAGGUUGGCCCUCAAGGGCGACCACAGAAUUCACAGGUUGGCCGACACCUUCGACGACCCCGAUUUCGAUAGAAAAACUUCUGGAGUCGGCUAAAAUCGCCACCAGCAGUACGACUGAGGUGGACAUUUUGACAACCUCGACGACAACCACCACGACAACCACAACUACGACCACACAGAGGCCCACGACUCCAGGAAUAUGCGAAAACAACUGUGAUUUGGCCAGCACUAUUAAACUGGUCGGUGGUGCCAAGUGGGUACCGGAACUUCUAGACAGGAACACCAAUGAAUGGCAAAUUUUGUCUAACGAAGUGCAAAGUCAAUUGGAAGACGUUUACAAAAAGUCGUACCAGCUAAGUACUUGGUUCAAAAAAGUGAGGAUAGAUGGAUUUAGCAAAGGAAGCGUUCUAGUUGAUUAUGUCAUAGAACUGAACAACGUCGACAAAAAAAUCAACACUGCAGAAAUAAAACAGUUAUUCCAUGACGCCCUUGUACAAUACUCGAGAAGUGGCAAAUCAAUAGACUCCGAGCACCUGGAUAAUCUAACAUUGGGCAAGUUCGUCCUGGAUCCCAAAUACACAGAUUUCGUCGUUAUUCCAAGCCAACCAGAAAUACACCUAGAUAACAAAGAAGACCAACUGGCUUUGCCACAAUGGACCAUCGCUGCCAUAGUUAUUGGUCUUGCUUCUCUUCUGUUCAUCAUUAUUUUUGGAGCAACUGUUCUCGUAAACAGAGAGAAGAACUCAAAGAAAAAGGUGGGCACGCCGCUGAGUCAGGACAUGUUAAAUGAAUUGGACAAAAACCAUAUGGGUGGUUUAGAAAAUUACCCUGUGAAUGAAAGUAUGUAUGAUAUGGAAUGGAUUGAUGAUAGGGAUCUUCCCAGGAAGGAAUCGAUGAGAGGACCGAGUGGUUUUGACAGUUGGAGAUCAGAAUGGAACGGUCAUUACUUUAACGCAUAUUACGGAAAGAAUAAUAUGCAGAUGUAUGACGGCGGAAUGCCGCAUUCUAAUAGUCAUUUUUGAUAUUAUUUAUGUACGUAAUUUAAUCUAGUUUCGUAAUAAUUACGCUGUAUAAAUGAAAUUAUAAUUAAGUGUUUUGAAAUUAAGUUAUUUCAAAAAAAGAGUAAAUUUUUAAUAAAAAAUUCUUUUACAUUG